CGCCUCUAGAUCAGUCGCGCGGAGCAGCACGAGGAAUUACGCAGGAAUAACGGAGUGAAAGUUACAGGACGAAUGGCACUCAUGGCCGGGAUUAAUUACGGGCUCACGUCGCUUUUCCUGGGGAUUUGUGCAGGACUAUCCGCUCCAAGGAAUUAUCCUGCAAACGAAGUCACGCUGCUGGAUUCCAGAUCAGUGCAGGGAGAUCUGGCAUGGGUCGCCAGCCCAACCGAAGGAGGGUGGGAAGAGGUGAGCAUCAUGGACGAGAAGAACAUCCCCAUCAGAACGUACCAGGUGUGUAACGUAAUGGAGGCCAGUCAGAACAACUGGCUUCGGACUCACUGGAUACAGCGUGGCCCGGCCCAACGUAUCUACAUCGAGAUUAAAUUCACCCUUCGUGACUGCAACAGCCUGCCUGGUGUCAUCGGCACCUGCAAAGAGACGUUCAACCUUUACUAUCUCGAGUCCGACUUCGACAACGAGCGUUACGCUCACGAGAGCCGUUUUACCAAGAUCGACACGGUGGCAGCGGACGAGAGCUUCACGCAGGUGGAUAUCGGAGAUCGGAUCAUGAAGUUAAACACUGAAGUUCGGGAUGUUGGGGUGGUCAGCCGGAAAGGUUUCUAUUUGGCCUUUCAGGACGUAGGAGCCUGCAUCGCGUUGGUUUCCGUCCGUGUGUUUUAUAAUAAGUGUCCUAUAGCUGUGAGGAACCUCGCGCAGUUUCCUGAUACAGUAACAGGGGCGGACACGUCGUCCCUGGUGGAGGUGCGCGGCUCCUGUGUGAAUCAUUCGGAAGAGCAGGAGGUUCCAAAGAUGUACUGCGGUGCAGAUGGAGAGUGGUUGGUGCCCAUCGGGAAUUGCCUGUGUAACCCUGGAUAUGAGGAACGGAAUGAGCAAUGCCAGGUAGAGAGGGGAGAAGGGAGACACAGAGAGAGAGAGAGACAUGCAGUAAGAAGACGAGUGAACAACAAAAGAUAGUAAGACGGCAAGAAUAAAAGAGGUGAUCAGAGAGAAAAACAGAUUUGUCACCACACAAGGAAGGUCAUCGCCCUGCUCUCGAAGAGGAAAAGAGAUAAUGAAAAGGAGGUGAUGUCUGGAGUAAGAGAACGUUUUAGCUUGUCUUUGAUUUCUUUAACUCCUCAUUCACUUGACAUUUCUUUAAAACUCCCUUUGAUGUGAUGACAGAGACUGUCUCUCUCUUUCUCUAUCUGUCACUCUCUUGUAACAAUAGACUGUGAUUGUGAGGUUUUCACUUGUAAAUUUAAGCUCGUCAAACUGUAGGAGGUGUGUAGGUGGUCUUUUCUCGGUUUUACUCCUCUCUGUGAUGGUACAGUAUGAUGGACUUAAAGAGGUUUAAAAAAAGAAUUCUGUUCUUACAGCGACAGAUACACACUGGAAUAUAAUGAAGCACAUGGUUGUUUUUAUGUCUACGAUGCAUUAAAUCGUAGGUAGGCCAUUAUUUUGUAACACAAACAGGCAUCAGUGUGGUGCAAGUUAUAGCAACUAACCCAGAGAUGCUUCAGGCAAAAAGGUAUUCAAUAUCAUUCUGUGGAUGCGUGUGUGUGUGUGUGUUUAUGUGUGUGUGUGUGCCGAUUCUCAUUAGCCAAUAAUUAAUAUCAGCAUAAACUGAGCACAUUACUGCAGUUGCACACAUAUGUUAACCUAGUUAAAUGGUAACAUACUCUGGACUUGUAUUGUUUAUAGUUAUGGACAAUUAUAAUUACUACAGACUAACCCUAACCCAAAAUCUAACCCUAGCCUUUAAAAAAGCUUUGUUUUUUGUUUGUUUGUUUGCAUUGUUUUGCAUUUAUUUUAUUCAUUUUAGCCACUUUUAUACAAAGCCCCGUAAAGGACAAGGAGGGAAUUUAUUUUCUGAAAUGGCUUUGUGUUACCUUGCAAUAGUUUUGUGUUUACUCACAAAAAGUUUUGUGUUCCCUUGCAAUAAGUUUUGCAUUCUCUCACAAUAGUUUGUAUUACCUCUAAAUAGUUUGCAUUCCUCCACAAUAAGUUUUGCCUUCUUUUGCAAUAGUUUGCAUUCUCACAAAAAGUUUUGCUUUCUCUUGCAGUAUGUUUUGCUUUCCUUUGUAAUAGUUUGCAUUCUCUUACAAUGUCUGUGUUCCCUCGCAAUAGUUUGCGUUCUCACCAAAUUUUUUGCGUUUGCUUGCAAUAAGAUUUCCGUUCCCUUGCAAUAAAUUUUGCAUUCCCUCACAAUAGUUUGUGUUCUUACCAAAUUAUUUGCUCUUCCUCACAAUAAGAUUUCCAUUCCCUCGCAAUACGUUUUGCGUUCCUUUGCAUCAGUUUGCAUUUACACCAAAAAAUUGCAUUCCUCGCAAUUAGAUUUUCAUUCCCACGCAAUAUGUUUUGCAUUUCUUUGCAAUAGUUUGCGUUCUCCCACAAACAAUUACUGUGUUCCCUUGCAGUAGUUUGCAUUCUCACAAAAACUUUUGCUCUUCCUCACAAUAAGAUUUUAGUUCCCUCGCAAUAAGUUUUGUGUUCUUUUGCAUUAGUUUGCGUUCACUCACAAAAGGUGUGUGUUCCCUCGCAAUAGUCUGUGCUUCCUCUCAAUAAGUUUUGAGUUCUCUCGCAAUAGUUUCCAUUCUCUCCCAAAAACAUUUGCGUUCACUCACAAUAAGUUUUGUGUUCCCUCGUAUUAGUUUGCAUCCUCUACCAAAAACGUUUGCAUUCACUCGCAAUAGGUUUCGCUUUUGCUCAUAAUAGUUUGUGUUCUCUCACAAAAAAGAUGUGCAUUCCCUUGCAAUAGUUUGUGUUCUCACAAAAUUCAAUCACAAUAUGUUUUGUGUUCCCUGCAAUACUUUGGGUUACCUCGUUAUAUCUUUAUCCAUCCCUUAUAAAAAAUAACCAUGAUUUUACUACAGUAGCCAUAGUUGAACUAUGGUAUAGUUCAAAUCAUAGUAAUCACUAUGGUAAUACUAUGGUAAUAAAAAUCAUAAUCAUUCUGCCAAAAACUAAACAUAUUUACCACAGUUUUACUAUUGUAACACCAUGUUUAAUUUGUGGUACAAGUAUGCAAAACUUAUUGGACUGAAUGCAAAAAUGUUUCAGAAAUUAAAUGGACCUUAUUUAGAGUAGUGCCAUCUUUAAUUUUUCUAUUAAAGAUGUUUUAAAUUGUUUUAAUGUUCACACACACACACACACACACACACACACAGUUAACUGACCAUGUGACCACUGUGAACUCAGUUCCUAAAGACUGAGAGAAAGUAGCAGGUCAAAGGUCAAAACAAAAAAAGAGAGUUGGUUAUGUUAGUGUGGACCACUGCAACAGCAAUGUGAUGUGUACAUGUUUUAAGGUGUGUAUGUAUUUGUUUUACCCAACAAUCCAAUUGAAACCUGCAGUUAAUGGUUCUCCUGUUCACCAAGUUCCCAUAAAGACACACACUCACACACACUUACACACACAUAAACAAUGGUAGGUGUUGCAGCUCCAGACAGACUGUCAUCCGAGCAUUUCCAAAAUACAAACAAAAAAUACAAAAAAAAAAAAAAAAAUUCACACACACACAAACACAGCAUCAAAUCAACAAACACAACUCAUGUCAUGUAUAUUAUUUGGAAAUACUCUCGGCCACACUGUCAGAAGUGUUUUGUUUGUAAGCUCCUGUUUAUAUGUGUGUAUGCAUACUUAGCUGUCCAUAAAUAAAAUAAUUGUUUUUUAAAUGAUUUAUUUAAAAUCUAUUACAUUUUUAUUUAUUAAUAUUUUUAUACAAUUAUUAUUGUUAUUAUUGUUGUUGUUGUUAUUUUUAUUAUUAUAUAAAUAUUAUUAUAUUUCUAUGAUUUAUAUUUAUAUUAUUGUUAUUUUUAUAUAUAUAUUUAUUUUAGAAUUUAGAAUGCAAAAUGUUUUCCUUUAGGGGUGUGGUUAGGGGCCGCGAACAGUUGCACUGUUUUUCAGUUGGUUUUAUAUUUUGCUGUUAGAUAUACAUGUAGGCUGUAGUCAUGAUAUUUUGCUUGAUGUAGACACAAAUUAAAUCUAUAGUAUGGUCUUGUACUGUAUGUAAAUGUGUGUGUAUAACAGAGUGUUGGAGAGAGAUUAAAUCAGAAAAAACUAAACUUGCAUCCUAAACUUUUUGUAAAUUAUUUUACAUAUUUAUAUACCUGCAUGUGUGUAGCACAUGACACAUGCUCUGUAAUAUGUGUUUAUGUUGGAAGUGGUUGUUUAUGAAGAGUUGUGGUGCUAUUUAUAGGUUUACCUAGUUUGAUGUAAACCCUGUGUGUGGUGUGUGUUUGUGUGAUGUGUGUCAGUACAAACUUAACAAAUCUACCAUGGAAAAAUAGUGUAUGGAACUCAUUUGCAUAUCCUUUUCUGCCAGUACUUCCUGUAUUAGAAAAUAGGGCCUCUACUCUUUAAAUUUAACAAUAACUGCAAACCUUGCCAGACACCCACUCCAUUCUCACUCUCUCUCUCUCGCUCUCUGUAAUCUCUCCAUUCUUUUAUUUUCCUGACAGUUCCGAUCAAAACCCAGAGGCUUUAUUAAUUGCUUACGGAUUAAAGGCCUACAGGGUGUACGAGAUUGAACUACAGAUAAACUGAUGGUAAAUUUUGGGAAAUUCCUUUCUUUGAAUGGAGGAAGUUGGUGUACGUGGUUUGGUGAGCAUGUAGUUCAAUUCAUUGCAGGAAGUGUUGCAUCAAUACCUUCAAAUCCCGGCAAAAUCUGUUAUAUAUAUAUAUAUAUAUAUAAAAAAAUAAAAAAAAA